AUGAGUCGUACGCCUCGAAAUGAGGAUAUUGCUCUAAUGGAUAUAAAUCCUCUGGAAAAUCGGACCCCUCCAAGUGAUCAAGCCGUCGGAAGUCCAGCACGAGCAAAUUAUACCAAAAUCUUUUUCUCCCGCCGUGGCUGGUUCAGGGUUUGUACCAAGACGUAUGAAAAUGGAUCGUUACGCGGAACGUUUGCGCAAAUUUUCUUAUAACCCAUUCCGCUUCUGAUAUUAUUAAAUAUUUAUAUAGUCGCAAAUAUAAUCGUAGUGAAUCGUGGGAUGGGCCCCAGGCUGGGAGACACAACCCAGCUGAAGAUCUUUUCCUCUUUUUAUAGAUAGGAAGCGGUCUUCCCGGGUGUCUCUGGUCUCCUGCCAGAGACAUUAAUUAACAAUUUUUCAAGUUUUAAACGCAAGAGUCAACCGAGGUAUCCUCUUCGUCAGUCAAUAAAUAGGAUACGCGGUAAGAGUGCUAUCCGGCAGCAUACUUUUAAAGCUUUGUCAGCACUCAAAUCCAGAGGGCAUAGGAAUAGUAUCGGAAUGCUCACAAAGAGUACUGAAAUAGCAGAAAGUUAGCCUCUGUAAGCUAUUUAUUGAUUCACCGCGUGCAAUUCCUGAUUGAGUUUGAAAGUACACUCUGUUAGCUAUUUUUGUGAAUACGCCGAUUGACCAGUGCCUUAGCAUAUAUGUUCACAACAAAAUUUUCACAUCACGUUGAAUUCGCAUUUGCCUAUAGUCUGUUCAGAUUUUGAAUGUCAACCAGCUAACUCCGCCUCUGCUGAGACGGUACCUUUUCGCGUCGAUGUUUUAUCGCGCGGGACAAUUUUUGAUCUUUUUUGAUCUAAAAGAUAGAAGAAGAAGUCAAAAAUGCAGCCUUAUUAAAGGGACAUCGUCAUAUGUAGAUAAAAAUUUGACGCGAAAGAUAUUGUAGCCUUGGGGGGCGGAGUUAGCUGCUUGACAUUAGAAAUCUGAACGGACUAUAACACUACUUUUUUUCUGCGAAUACUUUAUCAAAGAUAAGUUAUUUGAAUUUCGUUUCUAAAAAAAGGAGGCUUAGUAAACGCCAAUUGGCUUUUUUUGGAAAAUAAAGCUCCAAAUGAGAAAAUUACACCAUCACGUGAAAGUGAAAUCUGUACAAAAAAACCGCCGGAUAAUUCUAUUGAAUAAGAAGAAUCUUUGAGAAAAUUAACUGCAAAUAUUCCAUAGCACGAAAUUUGACAAGCGCGUUGGCAUGCUGGAAAAAGUCGGUCGGUCGGUAGGUUUGGAAAAACCAGACCACGUCGCAAUUUUUGCUCCAUGGAAAAUCGAAUUUCAGACUUUUUCCCCUUUUUUUCUAUAUUUUUCCCUUCUUUUUUUAUCAGUUUUCUAGGAUAUGAGACACAUGCUCCUCACUUCGAACUGAACUGUUCCUUAUUUAUUAUUGUUUUUUUCUCGGUAAUGUUUUACGCUUUACCGGAUGUAAUUUUGUUUCUUGCCUUUUUUUGUGUAUUUCACACAUCAUCUCAUUUUUUUCGAUUACUUAUAAUUUUUUUAUAUUCGUUCGUUCGAAUAUAUGAAGUUAUUUUUGGAUUCAAAAAAAUAAAUAAGAAUUUUCAAAAAUUGAAUCGGUUUAUAAUUUUGAAUGUAGUAACCAUCGUUUUUUUCUCGUGAGGACGAUACAGUUGAAUAAAAAAAUAAGCGAAAACCUUUUUAGUAAAAAAAAGGAAGAAAAAAAUUCAGAGAAAAACAGUUUGAAGUUCUAAUGCCGUGUUCAAAGUAAUUUCCGCGAAAUGCAAAAUGAUCUCUGACUCUCCAAAAUUUAGUGAUCUUUUCCUUUCUCUAACGGGUAUUUUGCAUUUCGCGGAAAUUACUUUGAACACGGCAUAAGUGUUCCAUGGAGCCAAAUUGCGGCGUGGCCUAGUUUUCCAAACCGACCGACCGAACCGACCGACUUUUCCAGCAUGCCUGCGCAGUUUGCUGUUUGAAAAUAGUGAGCGCAUUUUCCUCACAGAAAAAAAGAAUGUUUGUGCGUCAGGCCGGGCUUUAUGUCUAAUUUUUUUUUUGCCUGCAGAGGCUUGAGCCAGGCCAGGCUUCGAAAAAAAUUUUUAAGUUCAUUGAAAAAAUUUGCACCGAAAAAUUAUUUUUAAUCGUCAAGUUAUAAUUUCUGUUGAACUAAAGUAGCUUGAUAUUCUACUUGAAGAAAAUUUGAUCUUUUUGUGUCGAACCGGCCAUUUAGCCAGGCCAAGCUAUCGGAAUGGCUGGCCCCGCCUCCGCUCAAAUACCAUUCCAGCUUUCGAAAAGUCUGAGAAAAUUUCUCUCUUUCAGUUAAUUUCCAUUGGAGUUGUGCUGUUUAUCACAGUUAGUACGAUAACAACUACGCAAAACUCCGGCGACGACGACGGCGCCGACGAAUGGAUAGAGGAUGAGCCCUACAGACACAUUUGCAUCGACUACCAAUGGCACGAAAUUGAGUACCAAUGCAAGAGGUUCUACAACUCGACGCCUCGAUGCGAUUUGACGGGUUCGUUUUCAAAUUUUUUCCUGAAUUUAUCGACUACUGUUAUAGCUGAAGAAGACGAUCAAAUGCUGAAAAAGCUCCAAGCAUGUUGCGAGGACGAUGACCACUGUUGGCCCCGAAAAAUGGACGAGUACUGCUGCCUAGAACAACCGUGUGACCAUCAUAAAUGCAGAAACCCAGUGAGUUAUAUUUCUCAAAGCUUAAUUCUUGAAAGAAACCAUUCUAAUAACAACGAGGUUGUAUUUAUUGCAGAUGCCAGCAAAUGGGACCAGUCUUGUUUCCGAGGCAAUCAUGAAGAUACAGUUGAAGCAAGAAGAGGAAAGAGAAGGAGAAGGGAUCUUCAGCAAAAAGAUCUUGACGCAAAAGCAGAAGAAACUGAUUGUCAAGUUGCACAAGGUUUUGAACAGCAAGAACUUAACGGCCGUGCUCGAAUUCAUGGGUGACAGCACUUCUAUCGUCUUUAACAACAAAGUUGUUCGAUCGCCGAGUAAGUUAUAAAUCUCCUUAUUCUUUGCUUGGCGAAGCAAUUUUACCUUUCUUAAACCAAGAAUGCAACAUUUUCAGCGAAGUUGACCAGCUUUUUGGAGUACAGCAUGGUGAAUGAACAUAGAAUUCACGUUAGUUUUUAAAAAAAAUUCCAAAAAAAGCCGUGAGUUUCAGUUGUUGAUCGAUGUUGAACAAAGAUCGCAACGCGAGUACGCGACUGUCUUCUUCAAAGGAUUCAUGUGCAACAUUCUUCCCAACUGCUUCGAACUUCAAGUUACCUUUAAAUGGGUACGAUCAUCUCGAAAUUUACUCUUAAUAAUCGACGAAUUCUGCAGAGUCCAAGGAGGAACGACUACUUCAUAAAACAAUUCAAAAACAACAAAUCCAUCGUGAAGCCGAAUAUCGACGAUUACCCGUUUUGGGGCGGAGAUGAAUAA